AUACUAUCGUAUCGUACGAGCUCCAUCGAAUAUGUAAAAUAUUUCGCAAUAGCGGCUCGGGAAUUCAAUUUGGAUACUUUUAAUUGCGAUAUGUUAAUACAUUGAACGGUGGUAAAAAGGCAUCGUCGGCAACAUGAGCAUGAGCAUUGUGCAAUAUUAUGGCAGCCAGCUGAGCAAGUGUGGCUACUGCUCCGGCACCAACUGCAGCAAGUCGCACGGUAUGCAUGCGUACACCAUGCGAUGCCAGGACUAUCAGGACCUCAUCGACCGCGGCUGGCGUCGCUGUGGAAACUACUGCUACAAGCUGCGCAAUGAGGAUACGUGCUGCCCCUGUUACACCAUAAAGUGCGAUGCCCUGGAGUUCAAGCUGACCAAGUCCAAUAAGCGUAUUCUGAGGCGUAUGUCGCGGUAUUUGCGUGAUGGAAAGCGUGAUUCCGGGCCUGGGAAUGGCGGUGACGGGCAUGGGGAUGCGGAUGACGCCACUUUACAUGGCGAGGUCAAUGCCAGCGAGCCUCAACCGCAGCUGCCUGAUAAGAGUCCGGCUGUUAUCAAUGUAGAGCAAGUUGCGUCACUUGUGGAGGCUCACAAGAAACCUAACCCGGUAGCCAAGCCGACCCCAGCAGGUGCUACUGCUCCGUCAGCUCCACCACCAACUUUGGGAACCAACAAGUCUGCCGCACCGAUCUCAAAUGCGCCGCGGAAGAAGGCGAAACAAAUGCGCUUGGAGCGCCGGCAGGCCAAACUGGGUGAUUCAGCACCACCACCCACGAAAUCCGGUUCUCAGGAGAAGGGUCUGCGCGACUUUAUAUCGUCGGCGAGCGAGACUGACAAGCAUAAGCUGAAAAUCACUUUGGUCGCUUCCUCAGACAUUGAGCGCACUUGCGCUGAUGAGGUGCUCGCAUUGUAUCGCAAGUACCAGUUAGUCGUUCAUAAUGAUAAUCCUGCACGCCUCACCCUUGCUAGUAUGCAGCGGUUCUUGGUCAAAUCGCCCCUUAAGAAUGAGAAGCCUUCGGAUGGGCCUGAAAUGGGCUACGGAUCGUUUCAUCAACAGUAUUGGCUGGACGAUAAGCUAGUAGCUGUGGGUGUGAUUGACAUACUGCCUGGAUCUGUUAGUUCCGUGUACUUUUUUUACGACCCAGACUAUAGCUUUUUAUCGCUUGGAACAUAUGGAUCUCUUAGGGAAAUAGACUUUGUUCAGACGAUAGCCGAGAGCGUGCCCUCAUUGAAAUAUUACUACAUGGGCUUCUACAUCCACUCCUGCCCCAAAAUGCGCUACAAGGGCAAACUGUCUGCCUCGUACUUGCUGUGCCCAGAGACUUACGUCUGGCUAACGCUUACUGAUGCCAUACGUUCCAAGCUGGAUGAAAACAAAUACCAGCGUCUUAAUCCGGACGAUGCUGCCAGGGAUGUUAAUGAGUUCCUAAUCGAGCACUUGGAUGAAGUUAUGCUGCUGCUAGAUUCCAAAACCUUUACAGAUUACAAGCAAUAUUUGAAGAUUGUUGGCCGAGACCAGGAACGGGACACGAUUAUAGAAUACAGCAGGCUAGUGGGCAAAGAUUGCGCCCGACGCAUGCUCUACGUUAACAUGUCCUAAAUGAACCAAUCUUUAGCCAUCCUUGGAUUGUUUAUUCAUUGUUGAUCUUAGCAAAUAUGUUCUAAAUUAAAUCAGCUUUACAAUAUCAUUAAAUGUUCAAUGGCCUUGCACUUAAAUA